CUUCCUACCCUUCUCCCUCUCUGAAAAAAAUCCAAUUUCAAAGAUCUGAAUCGACCUGCACGCGCUCCUCUCUCUACAACUUCCACGGACGAAGCCAUGGAAGUUAAGAAAGUAAUGCUCGUAAUAGCUAUAACCAUGGCUCUAUCCAUCACUAUCACCCUGAAGACCUUUGAAAAGUCAAAAGAGACAACAACGCCGGACGUCAUCGAGGGUUCGACGACGACAUUGUUGCCAUCGAGAAGCUUGAGUCGUUUUCUAGCUGAGGAGGUGAAGAACCCUAGAGCGGCGAGCCAUUGCCACAAGAACAAGAAGAUGUGCGAGAAAAUGCAUGGGAAAGGGUGGGAAUGUUGCAACAACAAGUGCGUGGAUGUGAUGCAUGACAAGCACAAUUGCGGUGGAUGCAAGAAGAAAUGUAAGUACACGGGGGAGUGUUGUCGAGGGCAGUGCGUUGAUGUGGCGUAUGACAAGCGGCAUUGCGGGCAAUGCAACAACCGCUGCAAGCCGGGGAAGUUUUGUGUAUACGGCAUGUGUGAGUAUGCAUGAUAUUCAAUUCUUCUAUUAUCCAUUAUUUCAAUGGAUCAUCUAAUCAUCUUGAACUUUCUUGUUUCAAAAAAAGAAUUUGAAAAAAAUUUGAAAUACAAU